CUCAAAAUGGCAGCCUAGAGUGGGCAUGCGGGAGUGUUUCGGGUUUCUCAUGUCAAUAUGUCUUUGCUGAGACUGUGUGCUUUUUCUAAACCUCUCAGUGGUCGCCUGGUAUUGGAGAAGCCGAAUCUGAGACAGCUGCUGUAUGCUGACCAGUGUCAUUCGUGUCUCAGGCUGCGGAAUGACGGUGCCAGGAAGGCUGAAGAGACCCCCUGGGCCGUAUUUCGGAGGAAUUUCUCAGCUGUGAUCCCCAAGAAAGAGGGCACCAAGAAGAAACUGUGGGAACAAGCCCAGUUGCUGGAUGUCCUGGACGCCCGGAUCCAGCAGCUGCAGGCCGACAUCGUCCUGGCAGUCAAACGCUCGGAGGUGCCUUGCGUGAAGCCCCCCCAGGCCAAGCAAGGAACCCCAGGAGCUGGGGGGCUGAAGGGCGUGACGCGGGAUGAGGUUGGGGUUGUGAGGGAGGCCGUCAGGACGGGGGACUCCGGACAGCCGACCCAGAAAGCUCACCCCAGCCGCUGGGCUGAGAAGCUGAAGAAGGAGCGAUGGAGUAAGUCCAAGAAACAGCUGCACCUCCAGCAGCAGGGUAAAGAGAAGCUGUCCAUCGUGAAAGCCAGCAAAAACAUCAAGAUCUUUCGUAUGGCAUCGAAGGCGGGUCCUGUAGCGACGGCAGCCAAGGAGAGCAAAGAGAGGGCCAAUAAACAGAAAAGCCCCGCCUCCGGCCCCACCCACCCCACCUCUGGCCCCACCCACCCCAAGGCCACCUGGGACACGAAACAGAAGAAGACCGCUGGGACACAACCGGUCCCUGCGGCCGGCCGAGUGAAGGCCGCGGUCGCCGUCCCGGAGCAGUAUUCGAAGGAGAGAGAGCUGGCCCGGGCGGAGGAGCUGGAGAACCGGACGAGCCAGUGGGAGCCGGCCAGGACAGAGGCUCUCCUAGAGGACCGGGAGGGGAAUCGCUGCGGGGACGCCCAGCUCAUCCUGCACGCCUACCUGGAGGCCUGCGUCUUCAUCGGGGACGUGGAGCGGGCCCAGCGCUGCCUUCUCAACCACCACCGCCAUCUUAGCCGGCGCAAGCUGCUCUCCGUCAACACCUACAACAUCGUGAUGCGCGUCUGGGCUAAAAAGGGCUCUGUGAACCAGAUCGGGCGGAUGUUUGCGCUGCUGAAAGAGGCGAGCCUGAAACCCAACCUCAGCUCCUACUGCGCUGCCCUGGAGUGCAUGGGCCGCAGCGCCAACUGUGCCCCCCACGUGAUCGCCAGGUGUUUGCUGCAGCUGGAGAAGGACGGUUUCUCGCUGGAGGCCUUGUACAGGAAGUGCGUUUUCCGGGAGGACGAGCGCGAGAUGGUGCUGAAGGCCGUGCAGGCGGUGCAGCCUGACUUCCAGCCCCACGUGCCCACGGACACGAAAGUCUGUUCUUCUCCCCUGGUUCAAGACUUUUACACCAAGAGGGAGCUGGCUCAGUACCCCAAACUGGACUUCACCCUGGCCGAGCUGAGGGAGAGAUUCAGGCGGCAGCUGAGCACAGAGCAGGCCGACAUCCUGACCAUGGACUCUGUGGAGGCCAGCAAGCCGAUCACCGAGCACAUGGCCAAAAUGAGGGACCUGCUGGGGCUUCUGCGCACUCACUGGCACAAGGCCUUGCUCCAGUCCCUGCGGGAGAGCAAGGUGCUGCUGGCCAACAGCGGGCAGAAGAGCUGGAAGAUGAACCUGUACCCUUACCUGUGCCUGCUGGACGACCGCGAGUACGUGGACAUCAUGCUGCAGAGUGUGUGCAGCCUGCAGCCCAGCGGAGAAUCCCUGCUGAUCCUGGCCAGGGACCUGGGCAACCGGGUGUACAACAAGUACUGCAUCAGGAGGAAGGCCCAGAGCCUCAUGCUGGAAAAGCUGGCCGCCAUCUACAACCGAUACGCUGAGCUGCUGGCGAAGGACACUGAGUCCAGCAAGGUCCUGCCGCGGGAGCGGUGGGCGGAGCUGGAGGCGGAGCUUGCCUCCGGCCCCUCCCUGCUGGGCGACAGCGCGCAGUGGCCGCACAUCCUGGUGGUGCAGCUGGGCACGCACCUGGUGGGUCUCAUGAUCUCGGAGCUAAUGGUGCACGCCAACAUCCUGAACCCCGCGCUGGAGAAGAAGCUGAUCCCAGUUCUGUAUCACAUGUACACCUUUCGCAGCAACCGACAGGUUGGGUUUAUAAAGCCCCAUCCAAUUCUGACACAAAUCAUGUCUGAAGCCAUGGAGACCAAGCUGACCUUUGACUCCUAUGUGAUGCCCAUGCUGUGCCCGCCAGUGCCAUGGACCUCACCACGGUUCGGUGGCUACAUCCUGACUCCCACCAAGCUGAUGCGCUCAGUGGAAGGAGCGAUCCAGCACCAGCUGCUCCUGGAGAAGGGUCCGGAGCAGGACCUGUACGCCGUGCUGGACUCCCUCAACCAGCUGGGCAACUGUGCCUGGAAGAUCAACCAGCCCCUCCUGGACAUCAUCAUCUCCAUCUUCAACGACAAGGGCUGCGACAAACUGGACAUCCCCCCGCCCAUGUCCGAGGCGCCCGAGGUGCCCCACUUCAACCCGCGGGAGCACACCUAUUCCGAGGAGGAGAAGGCGUCCCUGAAGAAGGAGGUGGCCAAGUGCAAGAAGAAAGCGGCGGAGAUGCACAGCCUGCGCAUGGACGCCCUCUACAAGCUCUCCAUCGCCAACCACGUGCGCGAUGAGGUCUUCUGGUUCCCCCACAACAUGGACUUCCGCGGGCGGUGCUGGGUUUUCUGCCUGCAGGGCAGUGCCGUGGGGGAGAAGUGGUGGACAGAAGCAGAUGAACCCUGGCAGGCCCUUGCAUGCUGCAUGGAGAUCGCCAAUGCCUCGCGCUCACCGGACCACACACAGUACAUCUCCCACUUCCCAGUGCAUCAGGAUGGCUCGUGUAACGGCCUGCAGCACUAUGCCGCCCUGGGGCGCGACGUGAUUGGCGCCACCUCCGUCAACCUGAUGCCGUGCGAGGUGCCCCAGGACGUGUACAGUGGCGUGGCGCAGCAGGUGGAGGAGUUCCGCGCGCGGGAUGCCCAGAGGGGGCUGAAGAUCGCCCAGGUGCUGGACGGCUUCAUCAGCCGCAAGGUGGUGAAGCAGACGGUGAUGACGGUGGUGUACGGCGUGACGCGGUACGGCGGCCGGCUGCAGAUCGAGAAGAGGCUGAAGGAGAUCGAAAACUUCCCCAAGGACUGGCUCACGGAGAGCGCCAGGCUCAUCGCCAAAUCGGGCAGCUCCGUGGAGUGGGUGACGCCCCUGGGCCUGCCCAUAGUGCAGCCGUAUCAUCGUACCAAGAACACCGUGCUCCGGAGCAAUAUGCAGUUUCUGAACCUUCAAGUCAGCCACGAUACCAGCGAGAGGCCAGACACAGUGAAGCAGAAGAAUGCCUUCCCACCCAACUUCAUCCACUCCCUGGACUCCACACACAUGAUGCUGACUGCGCUGCACUGCUACAGUGCCGGGCUGACCUUCGUCUCCGUCCACGACUGCUUCUGGACCCACGCCGUCACAGUGGACGUCAUGAAUAAGAUUUGCAGGGAGCAGUUUGUGACUCUGCACAGCCAGCCCAUUCUCCAGGAGCUGUCCACCUUCCUGCUGCAGAAGUACAGCAGUGACCUGCCUGCUGAUUGCAGAAGCAAAAGGUUUCUGGAGUACAGGAGAAUGUUACAGCUGCUUUCAAAAGUGCCCCAGACAGGGGAUUUCGAUCUGCAGAGGGUGAAGGAAUCUAUGUAUUUCUUCAGCUGAGCCGAGGCUGCUGAUGGGAAUCCGGCUGGGAGGAGGAAAAACAGGUGCUGACUGGGAGAGGCUGACGAGACGAGACCCAGUCGUCCGUUUCGCUUUGGCUGCAGCGCUGACCGAAACCAGGAGGAAACGGGAAGAUGGGAGCUUCCGCCUUGAUCCCCUUUGACGUGACCCCACUCUCACUGGACAGGUGCCGCUGCUGAGCCAGAGGAACGCGCCAAGAACAGGAGACCGAGACCGAGCCAGGACAGCACGAGGCACAACGGUUUCGCACUGAACCCCUCGCCCAGCCCGAAUUCCUUCAUCCCUCCUGUAGGGGGCGACUGAGACCAGCACGGGUUCGAGGAGAGGGGGGGCCAUCAGUCUACAGCGAGCAGCUCCCUCCCCCCACAAGUCAGCGCUGCACUGGGGGAGAGUGAUCCGUUGCGUGCUCCCAGGAUUCUUUGCUUCGGCCUCACGAGCAUGAAGCAGGACUUUAACUUGGGCUGGCCACACAGCCACAGAGAGCGGUCUCACAGCUGGGUGUGGCUGGGACGCAGGGAGAACUGGCUCAGCUCUUUAAAACAGUUUCCCCCCCCCCCCAACCUCACUACACCCUCGGAACCAGCAGCCUCCAGAGAUCCCAGCCCGACGUACGGUCGAAAGGCCACCGCGCUGAACCCAGAGCCGAGCGGGCCCGCCGUUCAGCCUUGUCCUUUUCUGUCACAAACGGCCGCGUGUUUCAGCCUUAACUGGAUUUCCGAGCCCCGCCGUCUUGAGGGCAUAUCUGAGGAAACUCCCGGUGCCAAUGUGAACUUCAAAAUGUGAUAUCGGGGCAUAAAGCUGAAUUGCGCUGAGCUGCUGUCAGGUUACAAAAAUGACAAACCAGGCAAUGGCCCCUUCCUGGAGGAGUCUCUCUUGAGGUUUUGUAUUAAAGUAUUCGUAAAAACCA